AUGGUCGAUUAUUUGACUCGUAAGCAUUCGGGUCCGACUGGUAAUGUUGAACCACCGUUAUCGCCUUCUGGAGCUCAACCAUCAAGAAGCAACCCACUCGCAGCAAAAGUCACGAGUGUCCUUUCUGCGUCCUAUGCAGACUCGGAUUUGAGAGACGCACUAGAUCUCUUGGAUCAGCGCAAUGUAGUGAACAAUGCUGAGACCCGUCGGCAAAUCCGACUCGAUGUCCAGAAGGACGUCAUUGAAAGUAAUGGAGAUAUCAUCAAGGAAUUUGGUCAUGUAGCGGAGCAACUCCGGCGUAUUGGACUUACUAUUGCAAGUCUCAAUCAGGGUUGUGAGGAGAUGAAGCGCCAUAUUUCUUCGGCUCACCAAGAAACCGCCCCAGCGCUGGAGGAAGCGUCCGAGUUGAUGAAGCAAAAGUCUCAGGUCGAGGAGAAACAGCAGCUAUUGAAAGCUUUCAGCACACAUUUUGUUAUGUCAGAAGAUGAUGUUGCUUCCUUGACUUCCACGGCUGAACCGGUCGACGAUCGCUUCUUCGCAGUUCUGAGCCGGGCCAAGAGGAUACAAACGGAUUGUGAGAUUUUGUUGGGAACUGAAAACCAGCGACUGGGUCUCGAGAUAAUGGAGCAAACCUCUAAAAAUCUCAAUGGAGCAUUUCAGAAGCUCUACCGAUGGAUCCAACGCGAAUUCAAAACUCUUAAUUUGGAAAAUCCACAGAUCAGUUCUUCAAUUAGACGAGCUCUCAGAGUCUUAGCCGAAAGGCCAUCUCUCUUCCAAAGCUGUCUAGACUUUUUCGCCGAAGCUCGAGAACACGUGCUUUCAGACGCUUUCUAUACUGCGCUGACGGGAAGAUCCGUAAAUGGUGAAGAAGACACUACAGUGAAGCCUAUCGAAUUAGCUGCCCAUGAUCCUCUUCGUUAUGUUGGAGACAUGCUAGCAUGGACUCACUCAGCAACCGUCAGCGAGCGAGAAGCACUCGUGGUGCUCUUCAUUUCAGAUGGUAAUGAGAUUGCUAAGGGUAUCCAGGCCGGUAGGGAGAGCGAGCCAUGGAAUAAAAUUGGAGAAGACGAUGGCGAGAACAGCGAGUUUGACGGAAAUAAAGCUCUAAAUGAGCUCGUUGAUAGGGAUGUUGCUGGGGUCGCAAGAGUGCUCCGUCAGCGAUUCGGGCAGGUGAUUCAAAGUCAUGAAGAAACUAUCCUGGCCUACAAAAUUGCGAAUCUCCUCAACUUUUACCGCGUCACAUUCGCAAAGCUUCUUGGAAACGAUUCUAUCCUCCUAGAAUCUUUAGCAAGCCUCGAAGAAGCUUCUAUGCGGCAAUUUCGGGUGUUGAUGCAAGACCACAUUGCCGGUCUACAGGUUGAACAUCAAUCCCCGACUGCAAAUCUAAGCCCACCUGAAUUCUUUCAAGAUGGUUUGAAACAGCUUAAGGCUAUAAUGAAAACUUACGAAACUUCUUUUACUCCAGACGAUACUAGAGAGGCAGACUUUGUUUCUAUAUUGAAAGAAGCUUUAGAUCCCUUCAUCGAAGCAAGCAAAACCAUCUCAGGAGAUCUUAAAAAACCUGCUAGCAUCAUAUACGCGAUCAACUGCCUUUCAUUAGCGCUGGAUACUCUAGUACCGUUUGAUUUUACACAAAUUCGAGUUCAGGAGAUCCGAAGUAUGAUCGAAGGACAUUCCGCCGAACUAGUCGAAUAUCAAUACUCCUAUUUCCAACGUGGUUCGGGUCUACAAGCUCUACUGCAAGCAUUGGCUCCGUUAUCAGAGAGCGAAGAAGACAUCAAAUCAAUUCGGACCCUAGGGCCGUUCCGACCCGAUGCACUAACUCAAACUAGUCAGUCAUUAGACGACUUCCUGCCUUCGGCAUUGAUGGAUGCGAUGGAGAAUUUGAAAUUUCUGCAGAGCUCUAAGAUUGCGAGGCACGUUACUGAGCAAGCGGCGGAUAAGUUUUGUGAAGAUUUUGAGCAAAUAGAGGGAAAACUAAUUGCUUGUGAUGAAGUCUGCGGUCAGGAUAAUGAUGAAACAGAGGAACCCGAACCAUUACGUGCUUUCUUCCCUCGUACGAGUGGUGAAAUCAGGGUUCUACUCUCAUAG